UAUGAAUAAUCUGUAUGAUAUUCUACUCUUCGCUAUUCUAGGUUUUGCGGGAAUAUCAGCAAAAAGUCUGACAAUGCAUGGAAGUAGAAGAGGAGCAUACUUUCCAUCUUUUGGGGAUUAUUUGGUAACAACUGCAACUAAUUCUAAAUACUUAAUGGAAAUCGAAGGAAAAAAGAGUCAACCCCUCAUACCAUCUAAAGAAUUAAUAAAUUACUUUCAAAAAGUUCCGAAACGUCACUGGUCAUGUUGUAUGCUUGGAACAUUAGCAGGAUUUAAAGGGUUUCUUUGUGAUGCUAGAUAUUAUGAAGACUCUAUUGCUUUUACAAAUGUUAAUAGGCCUGUAAAUGGUAGCGUACGAAAAAAUAUACAAAAGCAUAAGAAAUGGACUGUGGAUAUAAUGCAUCAAUUUUCAAGGUGUAUAAAGGAUAGACGUAGAAGGCAUCAAUUUGAUAUAUGCUGUGAAGUCGAAGAUGAAAGAAUAUACGAGUUAAGAAAAUAUAAUAUCAAUUAA